GUUUCCUCUUUUUCCCUUGCUCUCAAGCCUCUCUUCUGUUUCUCUGAUGAGCCCAGGCACUUGCUUUGGGUUCAUCUAGCACUGAAACAACAAAAUUUCAAACCGAAAACAUGGCCUAAACGUGAAAUUCUCUUCUUCCCUUUCGAAAUCAAGUCACAAUCUGGGUUUCUCCUCUCUCCUCUCCCUUUUCUCUCUCUCCUCGGCCUGAAAAUUGUGAAAUUCUCCCUUGCACUAAGGUUGAAUUUAUACCCAUUCUAGGGUUGCAAUAUCGUGCUGAGAGUGGCAACGAGGAACCCCAUGUGUGGGUUCCUCCUUGUAGCGGGAGGAACCCGGAUGUAGGUUUUCUUUUUUUUCUUUUUUUCUUUUUUGGAUUUUUUUCCCUUGUUGGUUUUGGGAUCCAAGAGUCGGCAGAAUUAAAUUAGCUGAUGGCAAAAAUAUAUCCUUUUGGGUUGAUAAGUGGACUGGAGAUGACAGUUUAAGGGACUUGCUCCCAAAACUUUUUCCCUUGUCUACAGAUAAAUGGAGCUCGGUUCACCAAAUGGACUACUGGACUGGAAAUUCUUGGAGCUAGAAUCUAUGAUGGAAGAAAUGAGGCUGAAGAUGGUUCGGGGACUCUUAAUCAAAGUUGGAACCCAAUGGUGCCAAGUAAAGUCUGCACCUUUGCAUGGCUGCUGCUAUAAGAUCGUAUAUCAAGUAAGGCCAACCUGUUGAGGAGAAAUGUCAUCAAAGAUGCCCUGAUGCAAGGUGCGUGUUUUGUGGGAUCAUAACUGAAGAUGCGAAUCACUUAAUGUUGCAGUGUGAUUUCUCCUAUAAAAUAUGGACCAAGUGUUUUGAAUGGUGGGGUAUCCAAUAUGUUAUGCACAACAUUGUAAGGCAGCGUUCACCCAACACACAUGGGCAGCAAAGAACAAAAAAAGGAUGGCAGAUUGUUUGGUAUGCAAUUGUUUGGUCACUUUGGUUGGCAAGAAAAAUGCUGCAAUUUUCAGUGAAGGCAAGAUGACUAAGGACUGUGUGCUCAAGAUGAUUCAAAGGCAUUCCUAUAUUUUGAUAAGUGGAAAUUUAGAAGGUUGGCCUUAUUCUUUCCUUGGCUGUUGCCAAAACCCAAGCAGGAACUUGAUUACAAAAUGCUAUAAUAAAUUUUAAUUAGUUGG